CGGUGCCCAGCUCUGCACCGGGCGGUAGGGUGCUUGGGGCACAUGCUCAUGGUGUGUUGGUUAUGCUCCAGGGACCCCCUCUGGGAGAGCCCCAUGAGGGCAGGAGAGUGAUGGAGAGUACGCCCAGCUUCCUGAAGGACACCCCAGCCUGGGAGAAGACAGCCCCCGAGAAUGGCAUCCUGGGACGGGAGCCGGAUACCCUGCCACGAGAUGGUCUGCGCCGUGGUGCACUGUGCCUCGGAGAGCCUGCUCCCUUCUGGAGGGGUGUUCUAAGCCCCCCAGACUCCUGGCUUCCCCCUGGCUUUCCCCAGAGCCCCAAGGACACAAUCCCACUGGUGGAGGGAGAAGGCCCCCGAAAUGGGGAGAGGAAGGCCAGCUGGCUGGGCAGCAAGGAGGGGCUGCGCUGGAAGGAGGCGAUGCUCACCCACCCACUGGCCCUCUGUGGCUCGGCAUGCCCACCUCGUUAUGACCCCCUGAUUCCUGAGCAUAGUGGUGGCCAUCCCAAGAGCGACCCUGUGGCCUUCCGGCCCUUGCACUGCCCCUUCCUUCUGGAGACCAAGAUCCUCGAGCAAGCUCCCUUCUGGGUGCCCACCUGCUUGCCACCCUACGUAGUGUCCAGCCUGCCCCCAGAGCGUCCGUGUGACUGGCCCCUGGCCCCACACCCCUGGGUGUACUCAGGGGGGCAGCCCAAAGUGCCCUCUGCCUUCAGCUUAGGCAGCAAGGGCUUUUACCACAAGGAUCCAAGCAUUCUCAGGCUGGCAAAGGAGCCACUGGCAACCUCGGAACCUGGGCUGUUAGGCUUGGCCCCUGGUGGGCAUCUCCAGAGAACUGGGGAAGCGGAACGUCCUUCAUUCCACCAGAGAGAUGGAGAGGCAGGAGUCGGCAGACAUCAGAACCUUUGCCCAUUUCUGCUGGGGCAUCCGGAUGCUGUUCCCCGGACCCCCUGGCCCACUUGUUCCCCGGGCCUGGUUCAUACUCUCAGCAAUGUCUGGGCUGUACCGGGGGGUGGGAGCCUUGGGUACCAGCUGGGGCCAUCAGCCACAUCCAGGUGUCCCUCUCCUGGGCCUCCUACCCCCCAGGGAGGCUGUUGCUCAUCUCAUCCACCUGCUAGAGAUGGAGGUCUUGGCCCUUGUGGGAAGUGCCAGGAGGGGGGUGCCAUCGGGCCCAGUGAAUCCAACGAGGAAGCGAACAAGGCAUCUGGUCCCAGGGCCUGCCCACCCAGCCAUCACACCAAGCUAAAGAAGACAUGGCUCACACGACACUCUGAGCAGUUUGGGUGCCCAGGGGGCUGCCCCGGGGAGGAGGAGAGCCCCCCUGCCCAGCUGCAGGCCCUCAAGAGGGCAAGUAGCCCUGAGGGAGCAGGUGGCAGCCCAGCCGCCAAGCGCCCACCCGACCCUUUCCCAGGCAGUGUGGGCCAGGGAGCCAAAGGCUGGCAGGAGAUGCUGGAAUCCUCGUUUGGGAACAAGGUGGAGGCCUCACAGCAUACUAACCACAGAGGACCCCAAGAUGGCAGGGCCAGCCUCCAGGACCCGGGGCUUCAUGACACAUCUUGUUCGGCUCCCCUGGCAGGCACGGCUCGGUGCCAAAGCUGUGCCCAUGCAGCUGGAGAGGCGGGAGGGCUGGCCCGCCCCUCCCAGCAAGUAGCGAGAUUGCCUCUGGGAGGGGAGCAGCCACAGGAGGAAGACUCUGCAGCCUGCCCUGAGGAGGGAGGAUGGUCUGGCCCUGAGGCCAGGCUCAGCAAGGGCCUCGCCAAGCAUCUGCUAAGUGGUUUGGGGGACCGACUGUGCCGCCUGCUGCGGAGGGAGCGUGAAGCUCUGGCCUGGGCGCAGCGGGAAGGCCAGGGGCCAGCCAGGACGGAGGAUAACCCAGGUGUUCCUCGCUGCUGUAGCCGCUGUCACCGGGGACUCUUCAACACCCACUGGAAAUGCCCCCACUGCAGCCACCGGCUGUGUGUGGCCUGUGGUCGCAUGGCAGGGGCUAGGUGGGCCAGGAAAGCAGGCCCUCAGGAGGAGUCCGCGGAGGAGUGUCCCCAAGAGGCCGGGCAUACUGCCAGUUCCCUGACGCUCACCCAAUUCGUUUCCAGCCAGGCCUUGGCAGAGUUGAGCACCGCCAUGCACGAGGUUUGGGUCAAGUUUGACAUCCGGGGGCACUGCCCCUGCCAAGCGGAUGCCCGGGUGUGGGCCCCUGGGGAUGGGGGCCAGCAGAAGGAGCCGACAGAGAAAACUCCCCCGGUUCCACAAUCUUCUUGCAACGGGGAUACCGACAGGACCAAGGACAUCAAAGAGGAGACCCCGGACUCCACCGAGACCCCAGCAGAGGACCGUGCUGGCCGAGGGCCCCUACCUUGUCCCUCUCUCUGUGAACUGCUGGCCUCCACUGCUGUCAAACUCUGCUUGGGGCACGAGCGGAUACACAUGGCCUUUGCCCCGGUCACUCCUGCCCUGCCCAGUGAUGACCGCAUCACCAACAUCCUGGACAGCAUCAUUGCGCAGGUGGUGGAACGGAAGAUCCAGGAGAAAGCCCUGGGGCCUGGGCUGCGGGCCGGGCCAGGACUGCACAAAGGCCUGGGCCUGCCCCUCUCGCCAGUGCGGCCCCGGCUGCCUCCUCCAGGAGCUCUGCUGUGGCUGCAGGAGCCCAGGCCUCAGAGAGGCUUCCGUCUCUUCCAGGAGCACUGGAGGCAGGGCCAGCCUGUGCUGGUGUCAGGGAUUCAGAGGACAUUGCAAGGCAACCUAUGGGGGACGGAAGCUCUUGGGGCUCUUGGAGGCCAGGUGCAGGCACUGACCCCCCUCGGGCCUCCCCAGCCCACAAGCCUCCACAGUACAACGUUCUGGGAGGGAUUCUCCCGGCCUGAAAUUCGCCCAAAGUCAGAUGAGGGCUCCGUCCUUCUGCUGCACAGAGCUCUGGGGGAUGAGGACACCAGCAGGAUGGAGAACCUGGCUGACAGCCUGCCCCUCCCCGAGUACUGUGCCCGCCAUGGGAAACUCAACCUGGCUUCCUACCUCCCACCUGGCCCCGCCCUGCGUCCACUGGAGCCCCAGCUGUGGGCAGCCUAUGGUGUGAACCCACACCGUGGGCACCUGGGGACCAAGAACCUCUGUGUGGAGGUGACUGACCUGGUCAGUGUCCUGGUAUGUGCCGAAGCCCCACCGCCUGCCUGGCACCGGGCACAGAAAGACUUCCUCUCAGGCCUGGACGGGGAGGGGCUCUGGUCUCCUGGCAGCCAGGUCAGCACUGUGUGGCACGUGUUCCGGGCCCAGGACGCCCAGCGCAUCCGCCGCUUUCUCCAGAUGGUGUGCCCGGCUGGAGCAGGCAACUUGGAGCCUGGCACCCCAGGCUGCUGCUACCUGGACACAGGGCUGCGGCGGCGCCUGCGGGAGGAGUGGGGCGUGAACUGCUGGACCCUGCUGCAGGCCCCUGGAGAGGCCGUGCUGGUGCCUGCCGGGGCUCCCCACCAGGUGCAGGGCCUGGUGAGCACCGUGAGCGUCACUCAGCACUUCCUGUCCCCAGAGACCUCUGCCCUCUCUGCUCAGCUCUGCCACCAGGGACCCAGCCUGUCCCCUGACCGCCGCCUGCUUUAUGCCCAGAUGGACUGGGCUGUGUUCCAAGCAGUGAAGGUGUCCGUGGGAACAUUACAGGAGGCUAAAUAGGGGAAUCCCGGAGGGGAUCUGGGGUAGGUUGGGGACAGGUAGACCAGGUGCUCAAUCCCAACACAGCUUCAGGAGAGAAUGACACUGGGUCUUGGGGACUUUUGAUCAAUCCCUCAGGCACCACUCUGGGCACAGGCAGGGCACCUUGUUCUCCGCUCCAAUCUGGGUCCUAAAGCCAACAACCACAGUGCCACUGAAGC